AGAUAAACCCUCGUGUGGUUUUCUUCCAGAAGCUAGAAUCUCUCUCACAGGCACACACGGACCAAAAAGAAUCGCUCUCAAAUUCGGAUUAUGCAACUCUCUCCUUCAUUUCCUAUCCUUAAAAGCCACAAAACAUGACACCCAAUUUCCCAAAUUCAAUUACUUUCCAGUUCAUAUCAGUUGGGUUCAGAUUGUGUCGGUAGUUGCAACAAGUUUCUCACUUCUCUUCACACAGACAAAACUUAAAAAAAGGUUUCAAACUCUCUUCACAACCCUUAACUUGUUCUAAAGUUUCAAUUUUUCAUAUGGGUUUUUCAUGUUUUUAUUGUUUGAAAACAUUUUAGCAGCUAUUAAUAUUAUUGUCUUGUCCAAUUUGGAGAAACAACAUUGAAUAAGGUUGUUGUUAGGGUUAUUUUAUUUUGAAACAAAGAUGCAGUCUUUGGUUUCUGCAAAGUUUCUUUUGCUUGUUGGAGAAUCAUUCCCUAUGAGAAGGGCUUUGUUGAAUUCUAGGUUUGCUUGGUUUCAUAGUAGUGUUCAAUGUACGAGUCAGAAUCAUAGUGAAUCUCUCACCCUUUCAAGCAUUGGUAUUAAAAGUGAAAAAAUUGAAAUUGAACCUAAGAUUAUAAGUGAAUCAAAAAAAGUUAAGCCAUUAGGUUUAACUUCUGAGGUUUUGAAGAGUAAUAGAAAACCCUUUGGAAUUGGUGACAAGAAAAGUGUCAGGGUUAAAGAGAAACAGAAAAUAGAUAAUGCACCAUUUGCUGCUAAGUCGUUUUCGGAACUUGGUAUCCCAGAUGUGUUGAUUGAGAGGCUAGGAAAAGAGGGUUUCAAUGUUCCGACUGAUGUUCAGUCUGCUGCUGUUCCUACUAUUUUGAAGAACCAUGAUGUUAUAAUUCAGUCGUAUACGGGUUCGGGGAAAACAUUGGCUUAUCUCCUUCCUAUAUUGUCUGUUAUUGGUCCGUUGAGAGGCGAAAAUCGUGAAGGUGAUGUUGAUGGUGGUGAGGCUGGGAAGAAAUCGGGAGUUGAAGCAGUGAUUGUUGCUCCUUCUAGAGAGCUUGGAAUGCAGAUAGUGAGAGAGUUUGAGAAGAUAUUGGGAGUGGAUAACAAGAAAGUGGUUCAGCAGCUUGUGGGAGGUGCGAACCGAACUAGGCAAGAAGAAGCUCUCAAGAAAAACAAACCUGCCAUUGUUGUUGGUACACCUGGUAGGAUAGCCGAGCUCAGUGCAAGUGGGAAGCUUCGCACUCACGGCUGUCAAUAUUUGGUAUUAGAUGAAGUUGAUGAGCUCCUGUCAUUCAAUUUUCGUGAAGACAUGCACAGGUUAUUGGAGCAUGUUGGGAGGAGAUCGGGUGGAGACCUAAAAUCAAAUGCUAAAAAGGCCGAGCGUCAGCUAAUUAUGGUUUCUGCAACUGUGCCGUUUUCGGUUGUUAGGGCAGCUAAAAGUUGGGGUAGCGAUCCGCUUCUUGUUCAAGCUAAGAAAAUUGUACCACUUGAAACUUUGACUCCUGAGCCGGUCAAUUUGUCACCGAACUCGAGUGCUAACUCCUCUAAGCCAUCUAAGGCUGUGGUAGAGAGUCUACCUCCAGCGUUGAAACACUAUUACUGUGUUGUGAGGUUGCAGCACAAAGUUGAUACAUUGAGAAAAUGUAUUCAUGCAUUGGAUGCAAAAUUUGUGAUAGUUUUCAUGAAUCAUACUAAGCAGCUAAAGGAUGUUGUCUUCAAGCUCGAGGCCCGUGGCGUGAAAGCCGCAGAGUUACAUGGUGAUCUUGGGAAGCUUGGUAGGUCGACAACUCUGCAGAAGUUCAAGAACGGCGAGGUUAGAGUUCUUGUGACAAAUGAAUUAUCAGCAAGAGGUUUAGAUGUGGCAGAAUGUGAUCUUGUGGUUAAUCUGGACUUACCGACAGAUACAAUUCACUAUGCACACCGAGCUGGUCGAACUGGUCGGCUUGGUAGAAAUGGCACAGUGCUAACCAUAUGUGAAGAGUCAGAGGUUUUUGUUGUGAGAAAAUUGCAGAAGCAACUUGAAAUACCGAUAGAAUGCUGUAAUUUUGUCGAGGGAAAUCUUGUUAUCACCGAAGAAGAGACUACUCUAACCAGCGCUUCUUGAAGAUGAGGGGGAUAUGAUGUAAGGAAUGUUACUACUCUUAAGCUAUAAGCUAUUUUUAGGCAUUCUGUCUUUUCAUACACCCCUGCUCACUCUCAACAUUAUUGGGCUUGAACAUGGAUAAUUUGGUAGUUGAUAUGAACGAUUAAACUUUGAUAUUAUGAUAAGUUUUUUAAAUUGAAAAUAACUCAAAUCAUUACAAAAUCGUUUUGUAAAGUGAAAAGCUUCAUUUUGAAACUAAAAUAUCAAAGCUUUUGUUUUGAUAGGGAGUUCCUUCAAAGUGUAUGCAUUUGAAGCCUUGAAAUAAUUGUUAGUAGUUCAAAAUGUAAGAAUGUGUAUUACAAAUCCUCCAGUAUAUAUGGGUAGAAAAGUGUUUGCAGGAGAUGAAGUUAUUACCCCUAUAUGAAUAGGAAAAAAGACGUGGAUUCUCGUGGUCGAUGUCCCUGUGCAAAAGAUAUUGAUAGGGCGGCCGUUAAGGUUCAAAUGUUGGUUCAGCAAUGCUAUACACAACGAAGGAACCUUCCCAAAAAUUUCAUGAUGCUGACAUGUUGCUUUAGUAAAUAGAGAGAAUACUUUAAAUUCGGAUUUUACUGGAAAACAUGGUUGGUCAAUAUAUCGACUGCCAAUUCGGGACACUUUUGCGAAGUAGUUUUUCGCUAUAUUUAUCAUUUUCCAUGUUGGUUUGGUUCCCUCUAAAUCCUCCGGUGCUGGUGUAUUGAAGUCAUUGACUUUGUUGUAGUUGCGAUUAACUCUUACAAUUUUCUUUAAUAUUUGGUAGGGAAAUUAUUUGUUACACCCCUAAUUAUCUGGUUUCUGUAUAAGUCAUCAUCACUCCCAUUUGAACCGGGAUGGGCCUCUUCAAGAAUCA